AGCAUAGUGUUGCAGUUAAAUAGAGCAGUUAAUUUAAACAAGAAAUAUUUAUCACUGGCCAGAUAAGCAAAUGAACUAAUGCCAAUUUUAGUUUGACAAAAAAUUGAUAGAAAAGAAAGGAAAAUUAGUUUGUUAGUAUAAAAUCUAGUGAUCGUAAGUGUGCAGUCGGAUAGCUCGGCUAUCGUUAUUUUACGGAUAACACUAAAAACUUUCGCACCUGUAAAUAGGAAAAGCAACAACACGUAAUUGGUACGCAGUGCAAGAGUACAAAAAAUGGAGGUCAAAAUUCAACUUUCGACCAGGGAGUACAUGGCUAUACCGUUGAUUGGCGUAUUCUGUCACACAUGAAUGUAGCGGAUGCGAUAAUGUGAAGUGUGGCGUUCAAGUGAAUGAGAUUUCUGCGAAAUGUGACUUUUGCAGCUUUGACAAAGUGUGAAAAAUAUUAUUUUUCAACACAGUGAGUAGAGGUGGAGUGUUGAAAAAGCAAAGUGUCGUUUUGGGCAAACUGAAACGAAAAUUGUGUUAUAGAGAGGAAAUUAUUAUAACAUUAACUGGAGUGGAUUUGUGGAGCAACUACGAUAUUUUUGCAUCCACAUAGCGGAGCCAAAGUAAAAAUGUGUUCCCGUAAUCUUGCGCUCUCGUUGGCACUAAUAAUCGCACUAGUACCAUUAGCAGCUGUAGCGUUACCUCACCACAGCCUCGCCAAGCGUAGCUCGUUCUUCGACAUAGAAUGUAAAGGGCAGUUCAACAAAGCGAUUUUCUACCGGCUGGACCGGAUAUGCGAAGACUGCUACUCGUUGUUCCGGGAGCCUCAGAUCCUGUCCUUCUGCAAAAAGCAGUGCUUCACGACAGACUACUUCCGAGGUUGCAUAGAUGCUCUUCAGCUGACGGAUGAAAUCGAAACACUGAAACCGUACAUCAAGGUGCUAAAUGGUGCCGAUCCCAACACGUUAUAAGUCCUCUCCAGGAACAAAUCAACCGACAAGAACUAAACAGUGAUCUUUUCCUUUGCUACGAGUCGUCACUUCUAGCAGUGAUUGGCGACUAGCAACGAAUGAACUAAACUUGCGCGCAAAAGUGCUUAACAACCAGUAUCAGCAACAGAAUACAGCCAUUGCUUGCAUUGUUAUAAUUAGAGGAGAUUUACAUUAGAAACGAGAGUGCCAAUAAGCAUACAACACGAAACAUUUACGAAGCUUCAUCAUUAUCAUCAUCAUCAUCAACAGCAUCACGACUGUGGUCCUCAACCCGACCCGACACCGAGAAAUCGUGUACCAGUGGCCGAAUAAUGUGCAAUUUUAUUUUUUUAACCGGCUCUACGUUCGAUAGCAUCAGAUAGCUCAGUCAGCAUCAGUGUGCCAGACAACCACUCCGGGAAGGCGAUAUCAUACAUCCGAAGGAUCCAAACGGAGUGUGAUCUUUCUUUUGUUAACAUUUUUGUUUCAUUAUAAUCGGAGAGGACUGCUUCGGGACGGAAUACUUUCUGGCAUGUGUAGAAGCGCUAUUCCUCGACGAGGAGGAGGAAAAAUUCCUAAAAUGGCGCGAAAUGUUGGGGAAGAAAUAAUUUUGCCAUUGUUAUUCAUCAAC